AUGGCUCCUGAAAGCUUCGUUGUUUUAGAAUGGGCUCUGUACAUCUGCUCCUUCUUUUACCCUUUGAUUUUCUUCGUUUUCGACCUAAUUAUGUUUCUGGCUGUCUACCGUAACCGAAAUGAUUCAUGUGUCCCCGUCGCCUAUAUGACUGUCAUGUCUUCCAUCGGAAUGCUCACCACAUUUGCCAUGUGUGUCAAUAGCUUCGUCUACAUGGUUUUACCAAAAGACUAUUUUGAAGACAAGUCGCAUGAUAAGAACAUGUUAAUUAGCGUUCUCUUUUCAGCAUUUAUCAGCAUGUUCGGAGCCGAACUCACUCUUGCAGGAUCAUUCUCUUAUCUGAAUGCACUUUUUAUCACCGUUCUCAUGACUAUCAAUCGAAUCUACAUGGCUCUGUAUCCAUUUAGAAACAAUGAUGUCUUCACCCAACCUCGGAUUUUCUUCCUCUGUGGUGUUAUCAGUAUCAUCACUUUCACUUCCAUGAUUAUCCCAUACUUCAGUCCAUGUUAUGUGGUUUUUCGGAUUGAGUCUCGAUCCUUCAUGUCUGGAUGCGCUCCAAAUCGUCACCCGAUCACGGCUUUCCAAAAUGAAUAUGCGAUUGCAAUACCUGUCACUUGUAUGUUUUCCAACUUUUUUGUUGUCUUCCACUUUUAUGCGGAUCGCAAAAACUUAUACAUUAAGUUUAUCAAUUUGUUCCUCAAAAAUAAACGUGAACUAAAAAACAACGGAUCGAACACAUCUCUGAACGAUAUCCAAGCCCGUCGUGAGCGCACAUUGAUGCGUUCAACGACCGCUGUCACUGCCUAUCUCGCUAUUUAUGAGGUCGGAGCGUUUCUCAUCAGAACCUUUCCGACUCAAUAUGCAGGGCUCCCUGAACCAUUACGAAUCGCAAUUUUCUAUUUUCGAUAUGAGUCUAUUCCGAUCAUGAACUUCUUUAUCUACUACGUGGAGACACACAGUACCCGUCAGAUGAUUCGUCGUUUCUUGAAGAUCAAAGACAAAAAAGUGAACACAACAAAUACUACAGUGGUUACGGUUGCUGCAAGAGCUCAGACUGCAGGCAGAAGAAGACCUCAAACUGCACAAAACUCAUCGACUCUAGGAAGAGUUGAAUAA